GUUUGGGAUGGAGAAGGUUGCUUUGGCGCCUCACGAGGCGCCGGCGAUGCAGCGGAAGAGGAUCGCAUUCGCGAGCUACAUGUACAUUCUUCUCUACAUUGUGAUUUCCAGCGGCCAGAUCUUCUUCAACAAGUGGCUGCUGUCUUCCAACCAUUUCAAUUUCCCAUUCCCGGUGUCUCUCACGCUCAUACACAUGGUGUUCUCAUCGGUGCUUUGCUUCGUUGUGAUCCAUGUCUUUAAGCUAGUGCCCCUGCCUCAAGGAAUGACUUUGGAAAUAUACGCUACCUCGGUUUUUCCCAUCGGAGCAAUGUUUGCGAUGACUUUGUGGCUCGGGAACUCGGCCUACCUUUAUAUCUCCGUUGCUUUUGCUCAGAUGCUGAAAGCCAUAAUGCCCGUUUCCGUUUUUCUCCUUGGAGCCGCAUUUGGUCUUGAAAGUCUUACUCUUCGCAUGAUGUUCAUCAUGUCGGUAAUAAGCUUCGGUGUGCUGGUUGCAUCUUACGGCGAGAUCAACUUCAACUGGAUUGGAGUGAUUUAUCAGCUUGGCGGGGUUGUCGGGGAGUCAAUGCGGCUCAUACUGAUCGAGAUCAUGCUGAAGAGGAAGGGAUUGAAGCUAGAUCCUCUCACGAUGAUGUACUACGUGAGUCCUUGCAGCGCGUUUUGCCUCUUCAUACCCUGGUUGUUGCUAGAGAAGCCGAAGAUGGACAGCUCAACGCACUGGAACUUUGAUGCCGUUGUUGUGUCUCUCAACGCCCUGUGCACCUUUGCGCUCAACAUCUCCGUGUUUCUGGUGAUAUCGUCUACGAGCGCGCUCACUAUCCGUGUGGCUGGCGUUGUGAGAGAUUGGAUAGUUGUGCUGGUCUCUGGACUAGUAUUCCUUGACACGACACUUACUCCCAUCAACAUCAUUGGCUAUGUCAUCGCUAUCUUUGGCGUUGUAAUGUACAACAAACACAAACUCAAACCAGUACAGGCAGCCUCGCAAGAGGAAUUACUUCCAGUGUUACAAGGAAAGUGAACACGACUAUAUUCAAGGCAAGGAAAACACAAACAACAGCGCAAAAAGAGAGCGAAAGAAGAGUGAGAGGUAUCAUUUCUAAUGCCUGCUCUGCUUUAGGAAUGACCUCAAUUGCGGCUUUAUUUUCUCUUUCUUUUGCUCCCUGUUGUGCACAAGUAGGGUGAAUGUUGCCGUUGUCAUGAAGAAUCCGAUCAUCGUUGUCGUCUUUUAGUAACUCGAAGGUACGGUGUCGGUGCUCAACUUGCUCGCGGAAACUACUGAAAUUGUGUGCUUGCAGGGACUUGCGCGUUGGUUGUCUUUUAGGAAAGCAUUUUUUAGCCGGAACUGCAAGCGAUUAAACUAAUAUCCUGAAGGUGCUUGUUUUUCUCUCGGCUUGCCUUUCGAAGGGCCGGACGCUGCAACCAGAUCAAAUGUGCACUUUGGUGGUCUGUAUCUAUAAGGAGGACACAAAGGAAACAACCACAGUCAAGGACAAUAGCGGCUCCAAACUCUCAAGAAAGCAUUGUACCGAGUGAGCGUGGAGUCCAGCUCUGUGCAAGCCACAACACCAAGAUAAGUCGAAAAAGGACGACGGAAGAAGGAAUGCUGUUACGAUGCUCAAGAGGGGGUGCUCUGCAAGCAAACUUUUGGAGAGAUUUCCUUAUAUUGGGAAGAUCCCGCUUGUUGGUCCCUGACACAAGAAUGUGGUGGACGGUCAAGCAGGAUCUAAGCAGUGAUCUUCUCGCAUUUUAGAGCGCUGCAGCACGCAGAGAUCUCUUAUGUGGACGGAGAGAAGCCACAGAGGUAUCCGGAGGUACAAAGGCAAGGCUUUGCUGGAAAUGGUCGAAGAUACGAAAGAAGUGCGCCAAAAGCCCAGAGUUUUCCGCUACCUCAGGCAAGUAACCGACAGGCAGCCUUUCUCUUUUGACGCUGGCGUCCCUUCCAUUUCGCAUUAAAGUCUGAGAGAUGCUUGUUGGCCGGGGUGAUUCCAGGAUUUUCUCAGCGCCUUAAGUUACUCCCUGGGGAUUGAAAUGGAUUGAGAGCAACUUGGCGACGAGAAAUCAAAUCAAACGAGCGACAGGGUCGGCAGGAACGCAGGGAUGUCUGAUCUGAUGGCCCUGGGCUGCUGCUCCAAAGGUACUUGGAGCUCGCUCCUCUCACUUUCACUUUCCCUCUCUCUCUCUUCUACACCAUUUCCCAUACGCGCUAGAAAACUCUCUCCUUUUCCGCCUUGCGUGCGUGGAAUCAGAGGAGAAAAGAGGAAUGGGGGCCCCGAGGAGGGACCGACGAGUCCCCGCCCUCCACAGUGGAAGAAAAAGAAAGGCAUUGUUUUUGGUGACAACGACACUAAUCACCAAGUACAAUAAUGAAAGGCAAUUCUUCCAUC